GUAUCACAGGAAAAGAUGACCUUACUGUGGGUGCAACUUCACGCGGAAGAGUGAACUUUUACCCCUGGACAAUAGACAAUAAAUACUACUCUGCGGAUAUUCACCUCUGUGUAGUACCAAACACAUUUCUUGUUACCGAAGACAUUGCUGAAUCUGUGCAAGCAUUUGUUGUGUACUUCGACAGCACAAUUAAAUCGGGCCUUGAUAGCGUCUCUGAAUGGCUUCCCCUGACAGAAGAGUGGUUGCCGGAAGUCAUGAUCCUGGUUUGUACAAGGGUGUCUGAAAAUGGUGUUAACAGACAGAAAGCUCAAGAAUGGUGCAUCAAACACGGCUUUGAACUGGUAGAACUUAGCCCCGAGGAUCUGCCUGAUGAAGAUGAUGACUUUCCAGAGUCCACCGGAGUGAAACGAAUUAUACAAGCUUUGAAUGCCAACGCCGCUCGUUCGGCUCGACUGAAUCGCCUCUUCCCAAACCUUUGGCCCCAGGGCUUCGGGCUGCUCAGCACACUGGCAGGUGCCAACUGCAGCGUCGGCUCAGCGGGGGACCAAGACACAGAAUCCCGUCCGUCGCCCGCAGACAGCGAAGAGGCCCGGUCGGGCAGCAGAGACGAUGGAGCUGGCACAACCGACCUGCAGAGCGACGGCGGCGUAGAUCCCGCGCUGGACACGGACAUCCAGGAGCUGGCCAGCCUGACCACCAGAGACAGCGACCUGGAGAGCUUCGAAAGGCUCUUCUCAAAGCUGAAAGAAAUGAAAGACAAAGCGGCGACGAUGCCUCACGAGCAAAGAAAACUUCACGCGGAAAAGGUGGCCAAAGCAUUCUGGAUGGCAAUUGGAGGCGACAGAGAUGAGAUUGAAGGUCUCUCCUCGGAUGAAGAAAACUGA